AUGGGAACCACGGAUUCAAAACUGAAUUACAGGAAAGCCAUCGUAGAGCUGACCACAAGAAGCCAACCGAUUGACACCAAAGACGACCACUUCUGGGAUCAGUUCUGGUGUGAGAACGUGACUAACAUACAGGAUGUGUUUGCGUUGAUCCCGGCGCCGGAGAUCCGGGCGCUUCGGGAGGAGUCGCCUUCAAAUUUGGCCACAUUUUGCUACAAAGCGGUCGAAAAACUGGUCAAAUCGACGGACAGUCUCUGCAAUACGACGGCUCAGCAACAGAUGGUCUUAAACAGUGUCCGUCUCUUGACUCGAGUGCUUCCCUACAUCUUCGAAGACCCCGAUUGGAAGGGAUUCUUCUGGUCUAGUCUUCCAUCGGCUUCAGUGGCCACUCAUGGAGACCAUCAAGAGGUGAGACAAGAGAACCUCCCGUUAGCCCAGUCUUUGCUGUUAGCCAUUUGUGAUCUCCUCUUCUGUCCCGACUUCACUGUAAGUCCUCUGCCAUCAAAAGGCAGUAAAUUCGGUGCUCCAGACUCUCCGCCCGAAGACUUGCAGUCCAUCGACAGUUGUGAAUACAUUUGGGAGAAUGGCGUCGGAUUCACGAAUCCAAUCACCACUUCUUCAAUGUAUGACAAAAACAGGAGUGAAUUGUUGAGACUUCUGUUGACGUGUUUCAGUACAUCCAUGUAUAUGACGGCCAACGAAGCCGGACAUACCCCCAACCGAUGGAUCCAAUACUUCACAUGUGUUGAGAAUCGCCACGCGUUACCACUCUUUACCUCUUUAUUGAAUACUGUCUUCAGUUACGAUCCGACCGGUUAUUUACCAUUCAAUCACUUGUUGUUCAACGACUCCAAAGAAGCUGUUGUCGAAAUGGCUCUUCAGAUUCUGAUCGUCACAUUAGAUCAUGACUUCAGUGCAGACAAUGCGCACAACUUCGGCAACGCUGCAGAGGACCUCCUUCAGGACAAUCUCUUCAUUAACUACUUGUCUCGUAUUCAUCGCGAAGAAGACUUUGCUUUUAUAUUGAAGGGCUUCACACGACUCCUCAACAAUCCAUUGAUUCAGACAUAUAUUCCGAACUCAACCAAAAAGAUUCAAUUCCAUCAGGAAUUGCUGGUUCUCUUCUGGAAGGUUUGCGAUUAUAACAAGAAGUUUAUGUUCUAUGUUCUCAAGAGCAGUGAUGUUCUGGACGUAUUGGUUCCCAUUCUCUACCAUUUGAAUGAUAGCAGAGCUGAUCAGUCACGGGUAGGUCUCAUACACAUCGGAGUCUUCAUUCUGUUGCUGUUGAGUGGGGAACGAAAUUUCGGGGUUCGUCUCAAUAAGCCCUACUCUGCCAGCGUUCCCAUGGAUUUACCCAUAUUUAGUGGAUCUCACGCCGAUCUACUCAUUAUUGUCUUUCACAAAAUCAUUACAACAGGACACCAAAGACUUCAGCCGCUCUUUGACUGUUUGCUAACCAUUAUUGUCAACGUCAGCCCAUACCUCAAGACAUUGUCAAUGGUUUCGAGCACUAAAUUAUUGCAUUUAUUGGAAGCCUUCUCCACCCAAUGGUUCUUGUUUUCCAACCAAACGAACCAUCAUUUGGUGUUUUUCUUACUCGAGAUCUUCAAUAAUAUCAUUCAAUACCAAUUCGACGGAAACUCGAAUCUUAUUUAUACGAUAAUUAGAAAACGAAAUAUUUUCCACUCUUUGGCUAAUUUACCGACAGAUUUCUCAACCGUUCAGAAGUCACUAAAUAAGAAGACAACUCUAACGCGAAAACCAAAAUCAUUGUUCAUGUCUUCAGGGGCUUCCACUUCCAGUUUAUCGUCACCGACAUCUCCAACAACGACGAGCCCUCCCACGAGCCCUUUAGAGAAACAGGAGAUGAUUGCGACCACAACUGGUGAACAAAACGAGAAUUCUCUGAACGUGUCUUUGGCCGCAACGCCAAGAAUUGAUAAAAUGACAGAAAAAACACAUCCAAACCCUAAGAGUACUAUCGAUGAGGACACUCCCAGUGCUUCAUCGGAACCCAAUUCUAGUCAAACAGUAUUAAGUCGUCAAUCGAGCGAGUCUUCGAGUACUUCCAUGAGAACAACUCAAUGGACACCAUCUACUGAAUGGAUAAACUCUUGGAAACAAAAGCUUCCGUUGCAGACCAUUAUGCGAAUGCUUCAGGUUCUGGUGCCUCAGGUCGAGAAGAUGUGUAUCGAUAAGGGAAUCACUGAUGAGAAUGAGAUCCUCAAGUUCUUACAACACGGCACUCUCGUAGGACUACUGCCUGUCCCGCACCCCAUACUCAUCAGGAAAUACCAGACCAACGCCGGCACCACCCUUUGGUUUCGUACAUACAUGUGGGGAGUGAUAUACUUGCGUAACAUUGAGCCCCCGAUUUGGUACGACACGAAUGUGAAACUCUUUGAAAUUCAAAAAUUAUGA